CAAAAACAUUGUUAUGAGCCAGUAUGCCUCUAUAAGGCAUGCUACGAAGAUCUCAAUGUGGAGCGUACCAUGCUCCUUGUCUUUCCAAGGGGAGACUCUGCUCUGACACUGCUCCAGCUGCAACGUCAGCUGAAAUGCUGGAAAUUUACAAAUCCACCAAUUUCACUGUGAGAGACGUCUCCAGUCACUGAGCACAGAACCUUCCACUCGAGAGACAAAUAGUAUUUGUUUCGAUGGAUUCCCUUGAGGAACAGACUAGAUCAGCCGAAUUGAGGUGUUCAAAACCCCACUACUCCCCCUUACACGAAGAUCAAGAUGAAAUUCGUCUCAUCAGCAUUCAGCAAUCGAACAGCAAUUCAUCUCUCGUUCGUUGUGAGGUAGUAACCGUAUCUCUUGCAGCACUCACUCCCGAAUACCAAGCAUUUCUCUCGACAUCUGUUCCGAAUACUGGAAGCAAGCGAGAUAUCAAAUCAAGAUGGGCACGUUUACACGUUCAAAAACCAGAAGAUACCUCGGAAGAUAUUAUGGACAGACACAUCCCCAUAAAAUCAAACUAUAGAUUCACAUGGGGUGAUUACGCAGCUCUUUCAUACACCUGGGGAGAUCCUACCCCCACUCGGCAAAUCGUAGUGAAUAACCAGGAUGUCUCCGUAGGACAAAGUCUCGAAAUUGCUCUUCGCGCUAUAAGUACACGGCCGGACUUUCAAGAUGGAUUUAUGCUGUGGGUUGAUGCGAUUUGUAUCAAUCAAGAUGAUUUUGAAGAGCGGGGUUGUCAAGUUGGGAAAAUGCGAGAGAUCUAUGGUGGGGCUUGGACGGUGAUUGCCUGGCUAGGAGAAGAGCAAGAUGACAGUGACGAGGCUUUUAAGUUGGUCCAAACAUUGUCAGAGGUGGACGUGGAUCAUGGCGAACAAUUGGCAGCGAAGUUACUCGAUCAUCCGGAAUAUCUGGGAUUUGGAUGCUGGGUUGCUCUACGAGAUCUCAUGAGUAAACCAUACUGGUAUCGCUUAUGGAUCAUCCAAGAACUUGUUCUUGGUUCCUCGUCUCUGGUUCUGCGCUGUGGGAAUCACUUCAUCACUUGGACAUCCUUUUGCCAGGGUAUUGUAAUCUUGUACGACUAUUUAUGGACCGUCAAAAACAAUCUUCUCUCUUACGAACUAUGCCAUCUAGAUAUCACGGAAAAUAAACCAAGGCAAUGGUUAACGACAAGCUUGCAUCUUGUGCAUCAAGACUUGUGGGCGUUAAGCCACUGCGAAGAGCAAGGAAGGGCACACCUCCCCUUCGACCGUCUACUGAACGUUGCCAAUUCAGCCAAUUCCCGAGAUGCAAGAGACAAAGUCUACGGUCUAGUCGGAAUGAUGGACCCCAUCAUCGCCAAGCAGAUAGUACCAAACUACGAAUCACCUCCCGCAGUAAUCUAUGCCUCAGUUGCUAAAACUUUCAUAGAAACUUACAACAAUCUCGAACCAUUACGAGAAGGUAAUCCAUGGAGUUGGUACAAUACUCCUUCAUGGACAGCGGACUGGACAUGGGACGGCCGACUCCGUCAUCGAAAUCCCCAAAAGAACGACCUAUGGGGUCCAUUCUGGACGCGAAAAGGACCCCCAGAAAUGAUCGAGCCCGCCACUCCCUACCGCGCCAGCGGAAACACAGCUCCCAUCAUCUCAUUCUCCAACAACAAUCUCUACCUUACAUGCCGCGGCUUCAUAAUCGAUAAAAUCGCAGCUCUCUCAGCCCGCGGAGACGGCUAUUUCGACUGGGACUCAACCUCCAUCUCACAACCAACCCACUCAACCAACGCCUACGGAACUCCAGAAGGCGUAGCAAAAGCCCUCUACACAGCCCUCAUCCUCGACCGCGUCGCAGACGGCCGCCCCGCUGAAGCCCGCCACUCCGCUAUCCUGUCCCUCCCCUCCCCUUUUUCAUCCGCAGUCCCGCAAUUCCGCCGCCUAGGUUGGAAAUGGCUCGCAGCCCAAGAAGGAUAUUAUUUCCGAUACUCCAAAUGGCGGCGAGCAAACCAACCCUUCCUCCUGUUUGGCCAACCGCUCGAUUCUUACUUCAGCGAGGAGAUUCCUGAGGGAGUGGAAGAGUACGAUUACACGGAAGUAUAUAGUUGUUUCGAUCGUACGUGUAAGGGAAGGAGGUUUAUGACGACAGAGAAGAGACACCUUGGGUGGGCGCCUGAUAAUGUUUUUGCGGGCGGGGAGAGGCAGUGUUUGGUGGGUGAUCAGGUGGUGGGUUUGUUUGGGUGUUCGACGCCGUUGGUUGUUAGGGAGAGGGGCGAGGGGCUUUGGCUGGUUGUGGGGGAGGCGUAUGUGCAGGGGAUGAUGGAGGGGGAGUCGUUGGAGGGGUUGAGAGGUGGGGCGUUUGAGAUGAGAGAUUUUACGUUUUGUUGAAGGUGUGGUAGUGUGAGUGUUUUGAAGAUAUCUUGGUUCUACGGCGUGCGAUUUGUUGCAUUCAGCUACUAUUGAUAUCUCAAUGAGUUCUGGAGCUUUAUGUUGGCUUUCGUGUUUUGUUGAAGUUAUUGGGGUUUGCUACAUAGCUGCAAAGUAUCAGCCACAUUACUUGCACUUUAUUUUCAAUUGGUCAUACCAGCUGCUUUAAAUAUCGACUUUUAUUUCAUUCAAGCGGAGUUUUGAGCGGAUAACCUUCUGUUUUGUCAAACUUUGUCAAGUAGCUUGACUCCCAAAAUCAAUGUGUCUGCAAUCAAAAUGAUCUACUGUCGCAUCUCAUCUUCGAGAACAUUUGGAC